GUGGAUAGAGAAACCAAGAGGUCGAGUAACGUGUGUUGAACUGCGGCGCGCGCAUCUCUUCAGUCGGGCUUGGCUCUUCGUCGGAUGUAGGUGUGUGCGUGUUAUGUUGCACUAGGCGACGUUCGAGUUAUUACGUGUUGUGUAUAGUACGGGGCCCGUCGCCGAUCCCUUCCGCCUCUCCGACUAAUCAGAGUGGCUAGCGCCGCUCAACUCCCUGCAUUCGAGAUGAUAUAGCAUGUCUUGACAAGUAAGGAGUUCUUUUUCACCGGUAGAUUCUCGGAGGCAUUAAAAGGCCAACACAAUGGCAGGCGGUCAGCAAUUUCCGGAGCAAUACACAGUACCACAACUUGCGAGAAUAUUUCAUAAAUUUCCGCACUUCAAUGUAUCUAUACACAUUGUUAACAAUACUUUUAAUCCGCACUCAGAAAUUUACCUGGAGAGUCUCGGCAUACUGGGUAGUAUACCAGCAGCACUAUUGAUCCUUACUCUACUAGUGCUGCUGGUAUAUCUAGUCACACGCUGUUGCGACCGUAAGCCCCGUCACCGACGCUCUAUCUCUUUGCUGAAGUAUUGUCUUGCCGUACUCGCAUUGCUUUGUUGCGGCACUGUUGCUGUAGGCCUAUAUGGCAAUGACGACGUGCACAACGGCAUCGAACAACUUGUAGCGGCUGCGAAGAAUAUCGACGGCUCCGUUGCGUCUGUUAGGAAUCAGACAGAAGCGAUAGAGUUGAUGCUAAAGGGAAAAGUGCAGAACGAUUUAAUGGCCCUAAAUGACCAAUUCGACGAACCAGUGAGCAACAAAACGAUGAUGGAUGCGUUGGUGCAAGCACUAAAUUCUUUUAAGCAGAACAUGAGCUCGGCGAUGAAUCGUACCUUCGAGAUCAAGAAACCGUUGAGUGGUAUCAGCCUUGUUGGAGCAAUCAGUUUCACAGAAACGGUCGAGCAACUCAGAUGGCCCGUCACCAUGUCCGUACUUAGUGUCCUGCUCAUACUUUGCGUGGUCUUACUGGUCGGCGUUGCGCGACAUUCUAGAUGUGCCCUUAUCACGUUUUCUGUGUUCGGCUUAUUUGCGGUUAUAAUCUCCUGGCUAAUGGCUUCGCUAUAUCUUGCGAGCUCAGUGGCUCUUGGUGACUUGUGUGUGUCGCCGGACAGUUAUAUCAGUAAGACUGCGCCUUCAACCGUUGCUGCUGAGGUAUUCAUUUACUACACGCACUGUGAAAGUGGCCGGACGAACCCCUUCAUGUAUCAAAUGCGCGAGGCUAAGCAGGCAACCGAUCAUAUGAGGCGAAGUCUCGAGCUGGUUAAACAAUUGGCCAAUUAUCUAUUUAAGGAUGAGAAGUUACUGUCGCGACUAACUAGCCUCACAAACGAUAUUAGUACUGUCGACAAGCAUUUUGCCAGCCUCGCCAGUCUCACUUCUUUCAUCGACUGCAAACCUCUGCACAAACAAUACGUUCAUGCCGCCAAGAGCUUGUGUCACCUCGGACUGUUUGGACUCACCCUGAUGCUUCUGGCAAGUAUUGCUGCUGGCUUCUUUUUUACAGUUCUCGUCUGGGUAGAUUCUCAUACAUGGAUAUAUAUUAGAAAGCGAAAUGAUUAUCACCAGGUCAAUGAGCAAGAUCCAUAUCUUCCACCUUCAGCGGCCUCACAAGCGAUAGCAGCACGGACACUUCGAGGCCAAGGGUCGUACCCGCCUACAGCCCCUCCGCUUAAUCCAAAUGCUCUUGGCAACCAUACUAUUAAGCAGCCUCUAUUGCUAACGCCGCCCCCGCCGUCUUACGCUACUGCGACAGCCCGCGCACGUCAGAUGCACGAGAGCAUGUCAAAAGGUGGGGGCAUUAAUGGGAGUGGAACCGGGGAUCACAAGUCAAGUCAGCACAAUCAGCAAACAAGCGGACGAGCUGAACAUCGUGCCGGGCUCGGGGAUCAGCCUGGCCAGUACGCGACUUUGAGCAAACAAUGCAAAACUUUAGAAUCCAGUGAUUUUUACUGAGGGCACGCCCCCUCGGGACCGGGAAGAGAACCACCAUGGACGCCAAGUGUAGCUUCCUUCACCGGUAGCAUGUUAUCACAUAAUUCGCAUAGUAACAUUGGA